UGUAUUGGCAUGUAUUGGCAUGUUGGCGGCGAUGCUGCCAGUGUGCAGAGAGGUUGGCAGGAAGUUGGCAGACGCGUCCAGCAAAGUGCGUGGGUCAAUUGCAAAAUGGCUUUUGAGAAGGCGAAAGGCAUCUUCUGCGGAAGAUGGUCGAUGUAAUUAGCUGAGAAGUGUUGGGCAGUGUUCAUGAGCUUUAAAAAAUUUACUCGCAGAACGCGUGAAGAGGACCCUGAGAAUUCUCGCGGCGUUCCCGUUACGUUAAGGAAAGAAAUUAGGCAGAAAAAUUGGUUACAGUUUGUUUACGUGGUUACAGUUUGUUUGCGUGGUUACAGUAUUUUUCUAUGGUUACAGUCUUCUUUUAGUAGAAAGGUGUCGCGGUUUUGGUUACAGUUAUUUUCAUUUUUUAUUGGCGACUGCUUACAGUUCAUUUUCAAUUUGAAUUUCUCCCGAUAUUUAUCGAAAGGUAUCACGAAACUUAAUCCAGUUUCAUUUUGAAAGUUAUUGAAAAUGUCUUUCAGAAAACUAUACAUAGUAAAGUAAACAUUAUCCUAGCUACUUAGUAACCGGUUCCCAUCAUUGUUCUUCAUUUCUGUUGAAGCAGAGUCAUUUUGUAAUUAUUCUGAAACGCAUUCAAGAUAAAGCAGCAAUUGCACCUUUUUUCUUUAAAAAACUAUUCCUUCUUUCUCAUCUUUGUAAUAGCUUUUUUAUAAACAUGUCUGGUGCAAUCAAUAUAGUUCUAUAGAGAGAAUUAUACAUUAUGUAAAUAUCGUUCAUUACUUUCAAAAUAGUCUGCAUCACAUAAACAGUAAAGUUGCAAGAGUAGUUAUCCAAU